AUGGCCCCGCAGCUGAGGCGUGCCUCCAUACCCACCUGCACCGACACCGAAGAGCGAGUUGCCGUCUGGGAUGCGGUGGCCGCCUACGUACAAGAGCACCUCCUGGUGCAGAAGGGGGUCUGGAUUCCCACCUUCGGAUCCUUUGACACCAUCUCCAGAGACAUCAGGACUGAGGACGGGACCGUGACUCUGCGGUGGCCCGUCUUUCACUUGUCUGGAAACCUCAUAGCCGUGCACCACCUCAAGCCCCGCAGGGAGUCCCUGCCAGCCCAUAGGAAGCUGGAGCCGCUCAAGAGCAGCGAGGUGGCCGCAGCUGCCUCUGUGACCUGGCAGACAGCGCAGGCUUGCAUCCAAAGCACCGUGUCCCUGCUCUCUGGCUGCCUGAAGAAUGGGGAGAACGUUGCCGUUGUCUUCAAGGACAUUGGAGUGCUCCACAUCGAUGGACUGACCUUCCACAUGAAAUUCUAUUACGACUUCCUUGAGAAGCUGUCAGGGAAAGAGAAGUUCAGGAAAGCUCUUCUCAAGGUGAGCUGUAGCUUUCUACCACCAGCACCUGGCCAGCUGCUCGCGCCGUGCAAGUGCUGCGGUGCCGUCAGCCCUCCCUGCCUUGGGCUCCUUGUGCGCCCAGUGCCUCAGCCGUCACAAGGACAUCCCACAUCCUCCCUGUUCCUCCCCUGCAGGCCCCCUGGCUGCUGGACAUGGUGGUGUCCCGAGCGGCACCGGUGGCCUCCCUGGCACUCUCUGGCUGCCUCGUCGUCUUUCCCAAUGAGAUUUGCUGGCAAGCCAACCUUCAUCAAACGCUUGAGCUCGGACAGUCUAGAUGGAGGAAAACUCCGAAGGAUAAGGAGCUUACUGCGCAAGGAGAGCUCUACGUCCAGUCUGCUGCCAGCCAUCCCUGGAGUGCCUGAAGACCAAAAGCAGCCGCUGACCUGCCAGCUGCAGGGCCAGGCAGAAACAGACAGCCAAGAAGACCUGGGCCGAGCCCCGGGAACCAAACACGUGAGCUUCCGUGAGGAAGAACGGGAAGCGGAAAAAGCCCAUCGUGUGGCUGCGGUGCUGAAGUUGCCCAAAGCCAACGAAUCUUUCAGCAACGAUUCCAGACCUUCCUCAAGGGCUCAGUCCAGCCCGUCGCAGGCAUCGCAAGGCACUCCAUCCCGGCUUCCACUUCUGGCAUGCGACUCAGUCAGACUUCUGAGGCGCAGGGCUAAGAAGAGCAGGCAGAAAGAACCUGAGGAGAUGGAAGCAUCAACAUCUCAGGCUGAGGCCAGCCAGCCGCAGGAGUCCUCUGCUGACAGAGCUGGAUUUCUGCCACCAAUAAACGAAGAAACACAGUCUCCUCAGCGUCAGCCUCCAAACAGCAAAGCCCCACCGCGCAGGAAGGGCACACACUACCCACGCUGAUGCGGGCAUGGGGCGCCCAUGAGCUCCAAGAGCUCCACUCGAGCUGGCUGCAAAACAGAUGCUUGAAUCCCAUCUGCAUCAUAUCUAAUCCUAGACUAGGCUGCCGAGUGCCCAAUCCAACCUGGCCUUCAACACUGCCACGGACGCGGCGUCCACAAGCUCUCUGGGCAUCCGCUUCCAGCAUCUCACCACCGUCUCUGGAAAGACCUUCUCCCUGACAUCCAAUCUUCAUUGUCCCUCCCUCUGUCAAUAAAGCCUUACCAUGGCCCUAUCCCAUAGAAAUCUCCACAA